AACUGAGCAACCAAGCAGAAUGCUGGUACCCAAAGGUGUGGAUGUGAAUCCCCCUCCUUCAGGGCUGCAGAUGGAGUUUCAGACUCUCUUCAGCACUGACGCCCUGCAGUUUCUGGCAGAUUUGUGCUCCACAUUCCAGCCAGAGGUUGACAAGGUCCUUAAGAUGAGAAUUCUUCGGAAGAUUCAGCUGGAUUUGACUGGAGAGCUACCAGGCUUCAGAGAGGACACAGCUCACAUCCGUAAUGACCUGUCCUGGAGAGUCAGUCCUGUUCCUGAACGACUGCAAUGCAGACAUGUGGACAUCGGUGACCUUGCACCCUGUGAAACACAGCGCUUUAUACAGGGUCUCAAGUCCCCAGCUCAAGGAAUACAAGUGGAUUUUGAUGAUGGAAACUGUCCAACAUACUAUAAUCAGAUAAAAGGCAUCUAUAAUGUUUACAGGGCAGUACACAACCAGUUUCAUGAUGUGCCAGCAAUAUCUCAGGCUCCAGUUCUAAUGCUUCGCCCACGUGCCUGGAACAUGGUGGAACACAAUGUGUUGGUGAAUGGUAGGGAGGUCCCUGGUCCUCUCUUCGAUUUUGGGAUGCUGAUGUUUCAUAAUGCAAAACUGCUGUUUGAGAACCAAAGUGGACCAUUUUUCUACUUGUCUAAGGUUGAGAGCUGCCUGGAGGCCAAACUGUGGAAUCAGAUUUUUCUUUGGACUGAGGACAGACUUGGCUUGCCAGUGGGCAGUAUCAAGGCCACAGUUCUAAUAGAGUGUGUACUGGCCACGUUUGAAAUGGAGGAGAUCCUGUAUGAACUCAGAGAACAUUCUGCUGGUUUAAACUGUGGCAUCUGGGAUUACUCAGCUUCCUUUGUGAACAAAUUUGGGCACCGUACAGACUUCCUGCUUCCAGAUCGCAGUAAGUAUGUGAACAUGGAGAAGCACUUCCUGCGCAGCUACAUGGACCUGCUGGUGCAGACAUGCCAUCGCAGAGGUGCACUGGCGACAGGAGGCAUGGCAGCAUUACUGCUACCCAAAGACAAAGGGAGUCCAUUUUACAGGACUGUAGUAAACACGGUCACCAGACUAAAGCUACUUGAAAUUAAAGCUGGUGUUGAUGGUUUCAUGGUCUAUGACAUGGACCUGAUUGAGCCCAUGCAAAAACUAUUCCAACUUCAAUGUAAGGGCCAGAACCAGCUCCAAGUGCUAAGGAGUGACCUUAUUGUAACCCAGGAAGAUCUUCUUACAAUGCCAGCAGGUGGAGUAACAUUUGAAGGAUUAAAGCACAACAUUGCAGUGGGUGUAUUGUUCAUUGAAGCAUGGCUUUCAGGUCGAGGGCAUUUCAUCUAUAAGGGGCAGGUGGAGGACUCAGCUACUGCAGAAAUCUCACGAUCUCAGGUGUGGCAGUGGAUCCGGCACCAGGUAAACCUGGAGGAUGAUAGGAGGACAGUGACUCGUGGGUUAGUCAGUAAUUUAACCCAGGGAAUGAUGGGUGAUCUGAGGGCAGCAAUGAGCUGCCAGACACAACGAGAUGAGGAGAGGUUAAGUACAGCUGUGUCCAUGUUCCUGGAAUUGGUACAAAAGAAUGACUUCCCAGAGUUCCUCACUACGUAUUUGUACCUGGACCACACUUUCCUGAGCUCUCAGUGUCAGCAUGUGAACAGUUGGACAAACAGACCUCACAGAGCCAGACUGUGAUUUAUCAACACAUCUAUGGUACAUUUGUAGAAAAUACAAAAUGCUAAUUAAAGCAAUGAUGAAUAAA